CCCCGCCUCCCACAGUAGUUUCACUUCUCAGUUUAAUCCGGUCUGAGUUAACUUCCUGACCCAGGAAGUGGCAGCUACAGAGGGGACUAGCAGCGAAUAUACUUUACACCAAAUCUCAGAAGAUUCAGAACUUAGAUGAGUGGGGCCCAGGACAGGAACCCUGGAGCCUUGGAAGGAGGGGAGCCCUAUCUCCCCAGAAGUGCAGUGACCCCAGCAGAGAGGGGCCUGGUGUAUCACUGGAGGAAAUCGCCCGCCAAGGAAUACACGUCUUCAGAAGAAAUUCUGUGUGGCUUCAAGAGACUGAUCUGAUUGUGAGAGGAAAACAGCCUACCUGGUAACUGUAGUUAAAUUACUGUUUCUUAUUCUAGGCACUCUUCAAACUUCCUCCUGACUCUGCCUCUGUCCUAGAGGAGCUCCCAGGAGUAGGGGUGUGGGGGCGGGCAGGGGGAGGGAUGGGGGGUGCAGGGAGAGUCCAGCUAGGUUCUCAGAAGAGGCAGGCUUUUUCGCUCCUGGUCACUCCUCUGUUGCCUAUCCCUGGCCUCCCCCAUCUUCUUUCUGCCUUCCCUACCUCCUUGGGUCUGCAAACUCUUUAUGUUGCAAUCACUCUGAACAUGUCUCUUGAGAUAGGUCCUGUCCUGGAGAAGAGAUAUUAAUAGUAAACUCCCUAGCUCUGCAGGAGCUCUGAUCCCAUAGAAAUAACUGCUCCUCAGUACCAAACCCUCUGCUCUGCAGCCUUCUUCCAAUUCUUAUUCCCUCAGGUUAGGGAGAGGGCAAAAAAAGGAUAAACUAGUUCUUCUGGUUGUUCUGGUUGCCUUGAUUGCUUCCAUUAUCCUCCUGGUUGGGUCUCUAGCAAGACGUUAUUAGCCAGGGAAGUCCCACUUAGGCACCCCUCUCUCUCUGCAGGAGAGAGAAGUAUUCACUAUUCUUCUUUCUCUUUCUUUUGCCUAUUAUACCUCUGCUCCUGAAAGCAAACAACAACAACAACAACAACAAAACACAAACAAAAAACAACCGACCUUAUUAACUAGUGUUGGUUGUUAAUAAGGUUUGUGGGGGGAUGGGGGGAUUGAGGUGGAGUCAAAUUUGAUUGUCAUGAUGGUGUAGGAGCCAAGGGAACACUUCCCCUUUGCCUUCUGAAGUUCACUGAAAAAUCAACUCACAAAAGACAGGCUAAUUGGAGAAAAGGCAUACAAAUUUAUUAACAAGUACAUGGGCUAGAAUCACAGAGUGAUUACCCCCUCUGCCAAUGGGGGUAGAUACUUAUAUAGCCUUAUUUAUAAAUACCUAUGUAUAAAUACGUAAGUAUAAAUAUGUAUGCAUAUAUUUAUAUAUGUAUAAAUAUGUAUGUAUACUGUAUAAAUAUGUAUGUAUAACAUAUUUAUACAUGUAUACAUAUUUAUUUCAGAGGGGAAGGGUGAUAUCAGGAGAAUAUAGGUAAUUCUGUUGAGGGGCAGUAAAUGAUUACUAGGGAGAAUAAAUGAAUAUUUGGGAGGAUGAAUGAAUGGAGGAACAGAGUUUAACUUGUAAAUGGUUCUCUUUGGAAAAUGAAUGAGCCUGAGAGACAGACAUUAUUUUGUGAAAGUGUCUGAUUAGGUCUGGUUACAUUCUUAGUCCUCUUUUCUUCAAUACAAAAUGAGAUAAUAGGGGUUGGAAGGAAAAACAAUCUUUCUUCUUGUCUAGUCUGACUGGUCUUUAUGUAGAUAGGGGAAAAGUUUCUUCCAGCAUCUGCUGAUCUCUAAGGGCCUUUAAUUCAAAAUACUCAUUAUACCAGGGAGUCACAUAUUGGGGUGAAGCUCCCCGUACUCCUUCAAUGGAAUCUGUCACAGAUCACCCAAUUGCAUAAAUGUUACUACCAAUUACAAAGAGUAAUUUUGGUACCAAUUAUUCUUUUUUUUUUUUUAAGACAGAUUCUCGCUCUUUCACCCAGGCUGGAGUGCAGUGGUAUAAUCUGGGCUCACUGCAACCUCCCCCUCUGGAACUCAAGUCAUUCUCCUUCCUCAGCCUCCUGAGCAGCUGGGAUUACAGGUGUGCACCACCACGCCUAGCUAACUUUUUGUAUUUUUAGUAGAGAUGAGGUUUUGCCAUGUUGGUCAGGCUGGUCUCAAACUCCUGACCUCAGGUGAUCUGCCCCCCUUGGCUUCCCAAAUUUGGGAGGCUGAGGCGGGUGGAUCACAAGGUCAAGAGAUUGAGACCAUCCUGGCCAACCAACAUAGUGAAACCCCAUCUCUACUAAAAAUACGAAAAUUAGCUGGGCGUAGUGGCGCUCACCUGUAGACCCAGCUACUACUCGGGAGGCUGAGGCAGGAGAAUCGCUUGAACCCGCGAGGCGGAGGUGCAGUGAGCCGAGAUCGCGCCAGUGCACUCCAGCCUGGGCGACAGAGUGAGACUCUGUCUCACUAAAAAAAAAAAAAAAAAAAAAUUAGAAGACUGAGAAAAGAAAAAUAAUUUAGAGCAGUCUGAGCUAUGUGAGGUAUGCAAAAUUUAUUAGGACAAGUGAGACAGGAGUAUGGGUCUUCAGUUAAGACCCCAUAUUUAAAAGCGUUUUGUUCCUGACUGGCUGUCUCAUCUAUUACCUACAUAUUCCUGAGAUUUGUAAUACAAAGAACAAUGUAUAGCCAGUAAAAAGCUUAUGCUAUUUUAAUGUAAAUUCUUGGUAAACAACUUUAAAACUGCUUUUUUUCCUUUAAACAAGCACUUGUAACUGCUUGCUAAUGAGGGCAACUUGAAACUCUGCACCUGGGUUGCAGUUCUCAAACGUGGCCCAAACAACCUCAGCCUCAGCUUCUUCCUUUUAGGUCCUCUUUUCUUCAAUACAAAAUGAGAUAAUAGAGGUUGGAAGGAAAACCUUCAAGACCUAUGGAAGUCAGUUGCAGCCAGCUCAUCACAUAGAGGUGCAGGUGAGGUGUAUUUUCAUCGCGGUGGAAAAUUCUGGCUGCUUCAUCUCCAUCUCUAGAGCCAAUAUUGGAGCUUUUCAAUAAAAGCUAUGGCCUCAACCACCAGCACCAAGAAGAUGAUGGAGGAAGCCACCUGCUCCAUCUGCCUGAGCCUGAUGACGAACCCAGUAAGCAUCAACUGUGGACACAGCUAUUGCCACUUGUGUAUAACAGACUUCUUUAAAAACCCAAGCCCAAAGCAACUGAGGCAGGAGACAUUCUGCUGUCCCCAGUGUCGGGCUCCAUUUCACAUGGAUAGCCUCCGACCCAACAAGCAGCUGGGAAGCCUCAUUGAAGCCCUCAAAGAGACAGAUCAAGGAAUGUCAUGUGAGGAACACGGAGAGCAGCUCCACCUGUUCUGCGAAGAUGAGGGGCAGCUCAUCUGCUGGCGCUGUGAGCGGGCACCACAGCACAAAGGGCACACCACAGCUCUUGUUGAAGACAUAUGCCAGGGCUACAAGGAAAAGCUCCAGAAAGCUGUGACAAAAUUGAGGCAACUUGAAGACAGAUGUACGGAGCAGAAGCUGUCCACAGCAAUACGAAUAACUAAAUGGAAAGAGAAGGUACAGAUUCAGAGACAAAAAAUCCAGUCUGACUUUAAGAAUCUCCAGCGUUUCCUACAUGAGGAAGAGAAGUCUUAUCUCUGGAGGCUGGAGAAAGAAGAACAACAGACUCUGAGUAGACUGAGGGACUAUGAGGCUGGUCUGGCGCUGAAGAGCAAUGAACUCAAGAGCCAUAUCCUGGAACUGGAGGAAAAAUGUCAGGGCUCAGCCCAGAAAUUGCUGCAGAAUGUGAAUGACACUUUGAGCAGGAGUUGGGCUGUGAAGCUGGAAACAUCGGAGGCUGUCUCCUUGGAACUUCAUACUAUGUGCAAUGUUUCCAAGCUUUACUUCGAUGUGAAGAAAAUGUUAAGGAGUCAUCAAGUUAGUGUGACUCUGGAUCCAGACACAGCUCAUCAUGAACUAACUCUCUCUGAGGAUCGGAGACAAGUGACUCGUGGAUACACCCAGGAGAAUCAGGACAUGUCUUCCAGGAGAUUUACUGCCUUCCCCUGCGUCUUGGGUUUUGAAGGCUUCACCUCAGGAAGACGUUACUUUGAAGUGGAUGUUGGCGAAGGAACCGGGUGGGAUUUAGGAGUUUGUAUGGAAAACGUGCAGAGGGGCACUGGCAUGAAGCAAGAGCCUCAGUCUGGAUUCUGGACCCUCAGGCUGUGCAAAAAGAAAGGCUAUGUAGCACUUACUUCUCCCCCAACUUCCCUUCAUCUGCAUGAGCAGCCCCUGCUUGUGGGAGUUUUUCUGGACUAUGAGGCCGGAGUUGUAUCCUUUUAUAACGGGACUACUGGCUGCCACAUCUUUACUUUCCCGAAGGCUUCCUUCUCUGAUACUCUCCGGCCCUAUUUCCAGGUUUAUCAAUAUUCUCCUUUGUUUCUGCCUCCCCCAGAUAACUAAGGAAAAGAGCAGAAGCUCCUUGGUUUAACCAGCACAGAGAAAAUAAUAUAAAUCCCAUAAGGGCAGACGUUUGGUCUGUUCUCUUCGCUGUCAUUUCCUUAGUACUUAGACUAGUGCUGGGAUUUUAGUGGAUAUAUAAUUGAUUUAUGUUGAAUAUAUGGACUUAGCAACUAAAAAUACCACAGAUGGUUAACUUGGACUGGGGCAAAGCAAGAUAAUAGUGAUGAUCGUAUGUUGCUGUCUCCAUCAGUCUUUAAUGGGUCAGGGCUUUGAUUUCCAAGGGUCUUCAGGUGAUGAGUAGGGGUACCCACAGUCAGAAGGUCUGCGUUCUCCUAGUUUGUUUGCUGCCAUUUGAACUCAUGUGGGGAAUGAAAGAAAGCUGCAAUUAUCCGCCAACUGCAUUUAAAACAAAACAGAAAAAUCAAAAUAACAUUGACUCUUCCAACCAUUGACAUGUUGUUUAAUAAUCUAAGUGGCAGUCCUGGAGGCUACCGGACUUACCGAGUUCUACCUGAGAAACAGCCAAGCAAAGUGUGACAGAAGGGUUAAGACUGGCUUACAAUGAGAUGCUUCAAAUGAAAAGGGAAUUAUGAGUAAAAUUGAACUUUGAUGGAGGAUUCAGUUCUGGAAAAGAAGUUGGUAUUUUCCAGUCUGCUAGGACCAAUUACCUUGAAAUAUUUUAAAAUCUCAGUAAAUAGUUAUUGCUGAAA